AUGGUCUCUGCCUUGCAAAACGGAAAGAGCUAUUUUAAUGAAACUCAGUUCGAGAUUGAAGGAAUUUCAGGGACGAAAAAGGUAUUUCACAAUUAGACAGAGGCAGAAAUCCAGUUAUGAUCUACAACCGAAGGGAUUUCUGAAUUUGAAAAGGGAAUGAUUUUUUUGCAGUCUGGAUUUCCCCAGCAAAAAUUGUGGGCUCUGCAAAAUCUUGACAAAAUCUUCAGGGAAAACUUUGAAGGAAUGUUUAAUUUUGUGAAGAAUAGAUUUAAUGCAGAAGAUUGAGAUUUAGAACUAAAAAUAGCAUUUGGCCAAGGAGUUAUCAAUGCAGUAAAACAAGAAAUUUUUCCCCAAGGACUAUGCGAAGAAAUUCUUGAAGUCUGCAUUUCUAUUUUAAGAUCUUUAGCCACAAGCCUUCAUGAAACAUGAAUCCAGGUAUUUGCCUGUGUCAUUUCUAGUGGAAUUUCUAAUACUCAAAUAGAAAAAGCAAUAAGUUUCACUAUUGACUUAUCUGAUUUUAACCAAAAACCUGUAUUUCGGCAUGUUUCUUGCAAGCUAUUAAAAAUCAUUGCUCAGAAAAUAAAAUUUGGAUUUAAAGGCCAAUUAUUUCAAAGAGCCAAAGCUUUGUCUCAAGAUACUGAUUCAGAAGUAAGGCAAGAAAUGUGCAUUACUUGAAUAGAAAUCUGCAAUUAUAAAUCGCAAAAUGAAAUUCAAGAAAAAAUUUUUUAUGAAAUUCUUAAGUCUUAUUGGAUUUAAUUUUAUAAAAAAUUUCAUUUAAUGAAACAGUAUUAUAUAAAAUUAAGGCUUUGGCUUACAAAUUUAUUAUUUAAUUAUAGAUAAAUUCGAUAUAAACUUGUAGACGAUGAAGUAAUCUCGGUCAAAGUUGAAGCUGUCGUUUGUUUAAUAAAAGUUAUUCCGUUUCUAUCAAAAGAUUUUAUAUCUCGCCAUGCCAUUCCUGUCAUAAAGAAAGAAUUGCUUGUGGAAACGCAUAUUGAGAUCCAGCAUAUAUUUUCUGAGCUGAUAGGAGAAUUAUUGAUAUCCAUCAAACCUUUAAUUUCUCCUGAUAUAAGAGAAUCCUUUUUAAAGUCUUUAUUAUUUUUAAAGGAUUCUGACUUUAUUGUUAGGAAAAACAUAGCUUAUAAUUUUCCAGCUAUUUUCUCAAUAUUAGGUACUUGUCAAAUCAUGAAAGACAUUUUAACAAGGUUUGUAAAUGAUGCUGAAUCUGAAAUAAAAAUUGCUAUAGCGAAAGGACUUCACGAAAUCAGUAAACUUGAUAUUUCUUGUAAAACAAUUGCAUUUUUAGCGACACAAUUGCUGGAAGACCAAGAGAGUCAAUUUUUUAUUAUAAAAAAUGCACAAUGGUGAGCAAGUAGGAUAUCGAGUAUUUCGAUCCUUGGAAAAAUAACAAAUUCUAUACAGACUGGAAAUUGAAGAGAACAGAUCAAAUUUUUAGAAAUACUAAACGAAAAUAUUGUGAAUUUUCACAUAAACGAUUUAUUAGAAAAUAUUGUACCAAUUUUACUUCAAAAAAUGCAGAAUGAUAAUUUUUCAUUAAAACUGCUGUCAGCUAGAGUGCUGUCCAGAAUUUUAUACCACACACAUUAUACUUCCCGUAAGCUUGAAAUCAUUAACAGCAUAAAAGAUAAAUUUGCUCGGUCUUCAAGCUGUUAUGAUAGGAUUUUAUUUAUAGAUUUCAUAGAGUUUUCAAUGUCUUAUCAAUCAAAAGAGUAUUUUUCCAAAAAUUUCUUUGAUGAAAUUCUUAAUAUUUCCCAUGAUCUAAUAGAUUCGGUUCGAUUGAAAAUCGCAAUGAUUUUGCCUAUUAUUCGUGAAGUAAUUCCUGAUCGUCAAAUAUAUCAGGUUGAAAAUUUAACAGAAUUUCUUAUAGAAGAUUCUUCAGCCAAUGUAAGAAAUACUGCUAUUAAUUCUAAAGAAAUAAUGAAAAGUGACGAAUAUUCUAGAUUGAGUUAAGAAAACUAUAGCUUAAUAAAGGCAAAGCUUCAAUAAAAUAAGAAUUUGCAUUAAAAAUGGUUUUAUAGCAGAUUAUUGGAUGAGAACUUAUCUAAUAGAGCUUACAAUAAAAAAAUAUAUAGUGACGAAGAACAAAGAGACUUUCAGCAAAGAUGCAAGUUUGAAGAAGAGCAAGCGAAAUUAGAUUCAAAAGAAAUAGAAGAUAAUAAGAGGAGAAUGGUCGUAGAAUUCGCGUCAAAAGCUAGAGAAGCGCUUAGACAGAAAAGAAACGAAAAAGCAAAAACUCAAAUUUCUCAUUUAAAAACUCGAAGUGCAUCUGGGCAGCCAAUAUUGGUGAAGCCACAAAGAAAUACUCAGCCAAGCAUUCCAUUGAGAGCUGGAUCAUCUAGUAGAAGGAAAAAUCCAUAUUAA